GGUGGAUUGCGGAAAAAGCUGGAAAGAAAUGUUGGUAAACAUAACUGUCCACCACACAUUCCCUGUUUCCACUUUCCCAUCACCUCCUUCAUGUUCAACCGGCUAUGUUAUGCUCUUAUGGUGCUAGCUCUUGAAUUUUUUUUUUUUUUCAAUCCUCGUUCAGUAUCAUAUACAGAUGCAUGGAAUCCUUGACACCUCGAAAUAUCAAUGUCUUAUCCUGAAGCAUGCUCACAUUAUCUAAUGUGUCACGCCAAAGUGAGAAACUAAACUCUAAAGGCACAUACAGUUGGCAAAAAAAAAAAAAAAAAUUCAUUAUCCAUAAAUGGAUAGGCAGAGAAGUUUCUCCUUCAAAUCCACAAGACUACUGGUCUUUUCCUUCACUAUCUCUUCCUCUGCCAUCUUAUUCACCUUUUUUACCAUUUGGGCCAUCAAAGAAACCCCUUCAGUUCGCCAUGAGAUCCAUUUCAAGUUCAAUAAAUCCUCCCUCGGAUGCAGUGGAAAAUUUUCUGUAACCGGUGAGAAAGAUUCAAUUUUGAUAGAUGCCCAUUAUAAAAGUCUUGACAAUGCUACUGGGUUUGCUUCGAUUUCGUUAAUUAGCGGGUUACAGAGAAAGAAAGAAGGGCCUGAAGGAGGCAAAGGUGUUGGUUUUAAUUUGAAAACAAUGCAAGAGAGUACAUCUGAAACUUUGUACGAGAAAAUUGAAGUUCAAAGUAGUGAGAGGAACAAAGAGAAGGGGACUAUCGCAACUUCAUCUGAGAACACAGGCGUUUUAAUUAGAGGGAAGGUUGGACUGAAGAGAUUAAAAGAUUGUGAUUUGACAAAAGGGAGGUGGGUUUAUGAUGAGAGCUAUCCUUUGUACACAAAUGGUUCAUGUCCUUUCAUAGAUGAAGGUUUUAACUGUGAGAGUAAUGGAAGAUUGGACAAGAACUACAUGAAGUGGAGAUGGCAACCACAAGAUUGUGAAAUUCCAAGGUUCAAUGCAACAAAAAUGCUGGAAUUAAUAAGAGGAAAAAGGCUAGUUUUUGUGGGCGAUUCAAUCAAUAGGAAUCAAUGGGAAUCGAUGCUAUGUAUGCUAAUGGGAGCUAUUAAAGAUCCGAAGAGGGGACCUUAUAUCUUCAAAUUUGUGGAUUAUAGUUGUACAGUUGAAUACUAUGUGACACAUUUUUUAGUACACGAGAGCAAGGCUAAAUUAGGUCAGAAGCGUAUACAAACCUUGAGAAUUGAUAGUAUUGAUCGUGGCACAUCCAGAUGGAGAGGAGCUGAUAUAUUGGUUUUCAAUACUGCACAUUGGUGGACACAUUACAAAACAAAAGCAGGGAUCAAUUACUACCAGGAAGGGAACCGAGUUCAUCCUCAGCUUGAUGUUUCAACGGCUUUCAGGAGAGCUCUAAUGACUUGGGCAUCAUGGGUUGAUAGGAAAAUCAAUCCUCAAAAAACCAAAGUUUUCUUUCGAAGUUUGACACCUUUCCAUUUCAGGGGAGGUCAAUGGAACUCAGGUGGGCAUUGUAUAAAAGCUACUCAACCUCUCAAUGAAACUCCAAGCACCUGUUAUUCAGAGAAGAGUAUUAUUGUAGAGGAGGUCAUAAAGAAGAUGAAAACUCCUGUUACUUUCUUGAAUAUUACUAAUUUGACAGGGUAUAGGAUAGAUGGUCAUCCAUCUAUAUAUGGAGGAAAAUCAGGGAAGCGCUCCUCUACAAACGUUCAAGAUUGCAGUCAUUGGUGUCUUCCUGGCGUUCCUGAUACAUGGAAUGAGAUUUUGUAUUUUCUUUUGCAAUCUAAACGAUAGUAAACCUGUUUUUAUUCACAAGUUUACUUUCUUACAAUUUUUUGCUUGUUCGAUCUUUAU